UUUUAAAAUAUACAUAAUGGCAGACCUCUAGACAUAAAGAGCCUUUUAGAAGCAAGAGGGCAUCUUCUAAAAUUCUAAAAAGCUUUUAGCGAAGAAAACAUCUAAAGGAGUGAGAUAUUGGAAAGAAGUUGGACUUGGAUUCAAAGUACCCAAGGAAGCUAUUGAAGGACAUUAUAUUGAUAAGAAGAGCAAUCUUAAAAGGUAUAGUCAUCUCAACCAAAAUGACCAGAACAAUUAUUAUUAGAAGAGAUUAUUUACAUCUAUGUUGCCAAAUAUAAUAGAUAUGAGAAGAGACAUAGAAAUGUUCCAGUGCACAUUUCACCGAGCUUUUGGCCCAGUCAAGGAAGGUGAUAUUGUUGUAUGUGGAUAAUGCAGACCAUUGUCUAAAACAGUGAGAUUCAAUGUUUUGAAAGUUAUCCCAAAUGAAAUCAUUGGUAAUGUCAGAAAGCAAUUUGUUUUAUUUUGAUUCAAUAACAUCAUAUUUAAGUACAUUAUUUAAAGUUCAUAACUUUUACUAUUA